AAAAAAAAAAAAAACACCCAUCAGUUAAUCCUUUUCUCUGUCAAAUCCACCCAUACCCUUAUAUCAUCCAUGAACUGUCUGCUGACCAGUCCUCCAUAUGACUUCACAACCUAGGUGACCCAGGUCUAGAACUCCCUUCUUGUGACUGUCAGACAGUCCUGUUCACAUUUCAUAUUUAAGAACUUAUCCAAGACCUCAACACACUGCAUUUUUAAAAUAAUGAUGUUAUCUCUGCUUUAUUCUACCAAGCUGUGUAUGUCUGAGUCAUAAGUUACCGGUUUCCCACUAGACAAGAAAUAUCACCCCAAAAACGAAUUUUUACUGCUGUAAGUGGAACAGUAAUACUGCUCUAAGAUCAGUGUUAACUAUAGCUAAAACGUUUUUGGAGAUGACUGGGAACGUUGUUGCCGAGCACGCUGUUUCGGCCGGGAUGUUUAGCGUAUGGACUGUGAAAAUGGCCAGCGUGUGAUAUUUUUUUUUUUUUACGAACUAGCGUUAGCUAUCUGUCAACGUGAUUGUUGUACGGUAAAAUAAUGGUAUGCGCGUGUCAUCUUAAAACCAUCGCUUAAAUAAGCAAUACGCUACUAUAGGUGACAUGGCCUUGGUCAGUUGAUUAGUCAACUUAUAGGUGUCUGUAUAUAAUCAUUGCAUCCUUAUGGCUACUUCUAGCUAGCUAAACUACGUGUCGUAACUCGUCAGGUUUAUCCAGCAACAAAAUGCGUUCUUCACACCAGCGGUACACAAAGUUAACUGUUUUUUCGGUUGAGUCUGUGGCAUUUCUCGCGAAAUACUGGAACAUCGCUAAACUUAUCUAGCGUUUUGUGAGCGUGGCCAUAAAGGAGAACAGGCACGAAGCUGCUUUACCGUCCGUCCGAAUGAUAGCUAGCUGGUGGAGGCUAGUACGAAUUGAAGAGCCAGAUUGCAGGAAUGGGAAAAUUGGAGUUUUCCGCCUAGCUAAUAGGCUAAUAUUUAUAACGUCACAUAAAUCAGUUUUAGUUGGGUAGGAUUACCGUCGUUCAUACGACAAGAACAAAGAUGAUGUAUUCUUCGCGGAGAAAACCGGUGCUCUACUUUAAAGAAGACAGAAGAUUUCUGUCAAGGAAAUGCACAGUUUUGAAGCUCUUUGGGCUUGGCACAGUGCUAGUCUUGGGGUCCCUUUUGUGGCUGCAGUUGAGUUGUUCAGGUGACUUGGGCCAAGCAGUAAGGGAUGGUCACGCUCCCUACCAGCCUUGUCCUGUGGAGAGACGGGCACCCGCUAUUGAUGACCUCUCUUGGGGCCCUCAUAAAAUGGCUGUCAUCGUUCCUUUCAGAGAGCGUUUUGAAGAACUUCUAAUUUUUGUGCCAUACAUGCACUCCUUCCUCAACAAAAAGAAGAUACGUCACAAGAUUCUUAUCAUUAACCAGGUGGAUCACUUUCGCUUUAACAGAGCUUCUCUCAUUAAUGCUGGCUAUUUGGAGAGUGGUAAUGAUACCGACUACAUAGCAAUGCAUGAUGUGGAUUUGCUGCCUCAAAAUGAAGCUCUGGACUACGGAUUCCCAGAGGAGGGACCAUUCCAUGUAGCCUCACCAGAACUCCAUCCCCUAUAUCAUUAUAAGACAUAUGUGGGGGGAAUACUGUUACUUACCAAGAAACAUUAUCAAAUGUGUAAUGGAAUGUCCAAUCGGUUCUGGGGAUGGGGAAGAGAAGAUGAUGAGUUCUUUAGAAGACUAAGGACAGCGGAACUGCAGCUCUUCAGGCCAAAGGGUAUAAACACAGGUUACAAAACAUUCAGGCACAUUCAUGAUCCAGCCUGGCGGAAGAGAGACCAGAAGAGAAUAGCCGCACAAAAGCAGGAACAGUUCAAGAUUGACCCAGAGGGUGGUUUGACCAACCUGCACUACAAGGUUGAAUCCAGGCAGGAGCUGACCAUUAGCGGAGCUCCCUGUAUUGUCAUCAGCACCUCCCUUGAGUGUGAUCUCAGCCAGACUCCCUGGUGCCAGCUCAGCUAACAUGCCUCAGCUCUGCAUGUCAUGCCUGGAUGAUGCCAACUAUUCUGCUGUAUUGAGUUGUUGUUGGGACCGGUUUUGCUGGGAUAAUCACCUAUUCUCUCUAUACAUAAUGGCCUGAAGUCCUGGCACACGGUGCAAACAGACUUGAAUGAGGUUUUAUUUAUGCUGAACAGUGUUACUUUGUUAACCUUUGAUGAAGCUGCCUCUGUUUCCCUCAGAUGGCAAAGAACUGUUGGACCAAUUUCAGGUACUACACUGAGAUCACAUCAGUAAUGUUACUAAUUUAAAGUUGUUUUCUUUAUAAGCAUCGGACUGGUGAAGCUGUAGCAAUGGCCUUGUUUGGAUGGUUUUUUGUGUUACAACAAUUGAAAUGUUUGUCAAAAUUACUCCUGUUAGGAUUAUUUCUGUAUGUCAAAUUCAGAAUGAAUGUGUGACUGCAGAUAUUGUCAUAUACUUAAGAGAAUUUAGGUGUAUUUUGAGUACAUUUGCACGCAUUUCAUAUUUAUAUAAAAUGCUCUAGACCAAUCUACUGUUUUUUGUAAGAUCUUUGUCAUGUCUCUCUCUCUCUCUCCCUCUCCCCCCCCCCCCCCCCCCCCCCCCCCAUUGUAUUGGUAAAGAUCGACGUGUACACUCUCCUUACCAAAGACAUUUUAAGGUCUCUCUUGACCAUAAACUUGACCAUAAAGGUGACAGAUUAUUGAACAUGAAUGUGACAGCCAGUAAGUUCCUGUUUAUUGGUGACUUUCACAUGUUGGUCAUUGACUUUGUUGAAUGAAAAUAAGUAAUGGUAGAAAUAUGCCUGAUUUUUGUUUAAAGAUUCAUUCAAUAAAGUCUUAAUAUUGUCUUUUUUAAAAUA